GAUAUGUUGAUAUUUUGGCAACCCUACUCUCCACGCGAGUGCCACAAAUCUACUUUAUUUAUUUCUACAUGAAUUUUUGUUGAUUUAAAAGUUUUAUAGAAAGCGGCUUUGUCCUGAGACGCCAUCAUGAGCACAAUCUUGGAGAAAAUUGCGGCCAUCGAGUCCGAGAUGGCUCGCACCCAGAAGAAUAAGGCGACUUCGGCUCACUUGGGUCUGCUGAAGGCAAAGUUGGCCAAGCUGAGGCGCGAGCUGAUUUCCCCCAAGGGAGGUGGCGGUGGCACCGGCGAAGCCGGCUUUGAGGUGGCCAAGACCGGAGAUGCCCGGGUCGGAUUUGUGGGCUUUCCAUCAGUGGGGAAGUCCACGCUUUUAUCCAACUUAGCAGGAGUCUACUCUGAAGUGGCAGCCUACGAGUUCACGACGCUCACAACGGUUCCAGGAUGCAUCAAGUACAAGGGCGCCAAGAUCCAGUUGCUGGAUUUGCCUGGUAUCAUUGAAGGCGCCAAGGACGGCAAGGGUCGUGGUCGACAGGUGAUUGCUGUGGCCCGAACCUGUAACCUUAUCUUCAUGGUGCUGGAUUGUCUGAAACCUCUGGGCCACAAAAAGCUCCUGGAGCACGAGUUGGAAGGUUUCGGCAUCCGUUUAAACAAAAAGCCCCCAAAUAUUUACUACAAGCGGAAAGACAAGGGUGGCAUCAAUCUGAACUGCAUGGUUCCCCAGUCCGAACUGGAUACGGAUCUCGUCAAGACCAUUCUUUCGGAGUAUAAGAUACACAAUGCUGAUAUUACGCUGAGAUAUGAUGCCACUAGCGACGAUCUAAUCGACGUUAUCGAGGGCAACCGAAUUUACAUACCCUGCAUUUAUCUGCUCAACAAAAUCGAUCAGAUUUCCAUCGAGGAGUUGGACGUCAUCUACAAGAUCCCGCACUGCGUGCCUAUUUCGGCGCAUCAUCACUGGAACUUUGACGAUCUGCUGGAGCUGAUGUGGGAAUACCUGCGGCUGGUGCGGAUCUACACCAAACCCAAGGGACAAUUGCCGGACUACAAUUCGCCUGUUGUAUUGCACAACGAACGGACCAGCAUUGAAGACUUUUGUAACAAACUGCAUCGCUCCAUCGCCAAGGAGUUUAAAUAUGCGCUUGUUUGGGGCUCAUCCGUAAAGCAUCAGCCGCAGAAAGUGGGCAUCGAGCAUGUACUCAACGACGAAGAUGUGGUUCAGAUUGUAAAGAAGGUCUAAAACUGCGUGACGUAUAUAUUUGAUUUGUUUGAUUGCAUUUUUCUUUUGGAAAAUAAAAAAGGAUUGUUCUU